AUGUCCGCACAGAAGCAGGGCUCGUCUGCCCCGCAGCGCAAGGAGUACUCGCGUGAAGAGGUCGCCAAGCACAACAAGCAAGGCGACCUGUGGAUCGUCAUCGACGCCGAGGUCUACAACGUCUCCAAGUUCUCCGAGCUCCACCCCGGUGGUGAAAACGUCUUCCACGACGAAGAGGUGGCCGGUCAGGACGCCACCGAGACCUUCUUCGGUCUGCACCGCCGCGAGGUGCUCGCCAAGCCCCAGUACCAGCGUCUCAUCAUUGGUACCAUCAAGGGCGAACAGUCCAAACUCAAGCCCGACCCCGUCGGAAGCCCUUCGCGCGUCCCGUACGGCGAGCCUACCUGGCUCACCGCUGCCUACCACUCGCCUUACUUCAACGACUCGCACCGCCGCCUUCAGCGCGAGUGGCGCAAGUUUGUCGAUGAGGAGAUUGUCGAGGUGGCGCAGCGAUGCGAGGACAACGGCAAGCGUCCCGACGUUGAGCUGGUCAAGAAGCUCGGUGCCAAUGGCAUCAACGCCAUGCGCAUGGGCCCGGGCAAGCACCUCCACGGCCGCAAGCUCUUUGCCGACAUCAAGGGCGAGGAGUUUGACUACUUCCACGAGCUCAUCUUGACUCAAGAGCUCGUCCGAUGCGGUGCCCGUGGCUUCGGUGACGCACUCAACGGAGGCAUGGUCAUUGGCUUGCCGCCCGUGAUGAACUUUGGCUCGGACGAGCUGAAAAAGGAGGUCGUCGAGCCGGUCCUGGCUGGUGACAAGUACAUCUGCCUCGCCAUCUCGGAGGCCUUCGCCGGCUCGGACGUCAUGGGCCUGCGCACCACGGCCACGCUCACCGAGGACGGCGAGCACUACAUUGUCAACGGCACCAAAAAGUGGAUCACCAACGGCACGUUCGCCGACUACUUUUCCACCGCGGUCAAGACGGACCAGGGCUUUGCCAUGAUUUGCAUCCCGCGCUCGUGUGGCAACAUCGAGACCAAGCAGAUCAAGACGAGCUACUCGACCACCGCCGGUACCGCUUACAUCACAUUCGACAAUGUCAAGGUGCCCAAGAAGUACCUCAUUGGCGAGGACGGCAUGGGCAUCUACUAUAUCCUCUCGAACUUCAACCACGAGCGAUGGGUCAUGUGCUGCUCGACGAUCCGCGCGGCGCGCGCCGUGUGCGAGGAGUGCAUGCUCUGGAUCCACCAGCGCAAAGUGUUUGGCAAGCCGCUCACCAGCCAGCCCGUCAUCCGCCAGAAGAUGGCGCAGAUGAUCUCGCUCGUCGAGGCCGCGCAGAACUGGCUCGAAAACAUCACCUUCCAGAUGUGCAAGAUGUCGUACGCCCAGCAGUCCAAGUUCCUCGCCGGACAGGUCGGCCUGCUCAAGUCGUGGAGCACGCGUGUCUCGCACGAGGUCGCCGACGGCUCCGUCCAGAUCUUUGGCGGCCGUGGCUUGACCAAGACCGGCAUGGGCAAGUUUACCGAGAUGUUCCACCGCACCUACAAGUUCGACGCCGUUCUCGGUGGGUCUGAGGAGGUGCUGGCGGAUUUGGGUAUCCGACAGGCGCUCAGGAUGAUGCCUGAGAACGCACGUCUUUGA